AUGAUUCCUAGAUACUUGACCUCCCCAGAGAGAGGAAUUUCAUCACCGCAGAGUCUUAGGGUAAAACAUAGUGGAGCGACGAGGCUAGAGGCACAGCGACGAGUUCGCAGUGGAAAACACAUAUCUUCUAAUAUUCUACAAAACAAGAAAACAUGCAAAGGCAAAAGAGUAAGAACAAUUUUCACUCCAGAACAACUAGAACGUUUGGAAGCGGAGUUUGAGAAGCAACAAUACAUGGUUGGGCCUGAGCGACUUUAUUUAGCGCACACACUACAACUGACAGAAGCCCAAGUUAAAGUGUGGUUUCAGAACAGGCGCAUCAAAUGGCGCAAGCACCAUUUGGAAUUAACACAUCAGCGGCUUGCGGUCCUCAAACAGCAGCAGCAGCUCUUGCUAGACGAGGCGCAGCCCGACGUGCAGGAUACGAACAGCUCGGAGGCCGAUACGUGAAAGACUUUGACGUUUGUGGGUAACAUUCGGUUUAGAAAGGGUUUAAAGCUGCAGGUGACCUUGAAAUGAUAUUUCAUACAGGGUACUUUAAGAAAACCAUCAAGAUUUUUCUAUGCAAAUUUAUUUUUUUUGUUUUAUUAAAUGAAUUGAAUGAAUAAGAUAAGGAAGAAAUAUAUCAACAAAAAAAAUUGGCAACAAAAU